AUGUUCAAAUUGGUGGUGUUGUUUGCCCUCGCAGCUGUGGCUGUUGCCAAGCCCAGUGGGGUGGCUUUGGGCCAUGUUGAAUACGCACUUCCAGUGUCAUCUUCUUCUGCAGAGACACACAGCUACAGGAAGGAUGUCAUCAGUGAGCCCGCAAUUGUUGCUGCUCCUAUUGUAACUGAGGUCCAUGCUGCUCCCUUUGUUACUGAGGUUCAUGCUGCCCCAAUCAGCUCUAGCCACACUUACAGAAAAGAUGUCAUCAGCGAACCCGCUUACAUUGCUCACGCAGCUCCUGUGGUCGCUGAAUUUCACGCCGCUCCUGGGGUAACUGAAGUUCACGCUGGCCCAGUUCUUGCCCACUCUGCCCCAGUAUACACAUCCAGCUCAAGCCACCAAUACAGAAAGGACAUUAUCAACGAACCCGCAUAUGUAGCCCAUGCUGCCCCUGUGGUAACUGAAGUUCAUGCCGCCCCUGUAGUUGCUGAGGUACGUGCUGCCCCAGUGAUCGCUCAUGCUGCCCCAGUAUACUCAUCCAGCUCAAGCCACCAGUACAGGAAAGACAUCAUUAGUGAGCCCGUAUAUGCCGCCCACGCUGCCCCAGUCGUCGCUGAGUACAGGAAAGACAUCAUUAGUGAGCCGGUAUAUGCUGCCCACGCGACCCCAGUUGUUGCUGAGGUACGUGCUUCCCCAGUGAUUGCCCACGCUGCCCCAGUGAUCUCAGCCAGUUCAAGUCACUCUUCCUACAGGAAGGAUGUCAUCAGUGAACCAGCUCACGUAGCUUAUGCUGCCCCAGCUGCGGCCUACACUGCUUGGUAA